CGCAGCUCUAAUGUGCCGGAAUGUCAAUCAAAUAAAAACAAAAAAAAAGCGGCGUGAAAACUGAAAAGAACGGGCAGCCAGAGCAAAUUCGCACGUUAAUUUCGAUGCAUUGAACGGAAACGGCGACCCGGAAACAGGAGCCUCAGGAUUUCGGACACGGGAGCCAUGGAAACGGCCAGGAUGGAGACGGCGAUGGAGACCCAUUUUAUGGCCAAAAUGGGGAAGUGGAUGACCCCCGAGGAGGAGGCGCGCCAAAAGUUCAUCAUGCGGGAGCGGGACCGCGAACGGAAACGGAUCAAGCGCAUGAAUCCCGAGUACCGGCAGAUGGAACGCGAACGGGAUCGGUUUCGCAAGCUGACGCCCAGGCCCAGUCUGAUGACCCCCGAGGAGGAGGCGCGCCACAAGUUCAUCAUGCGGGAGCGGGAUCGCGAGAGGAAGCGGAUCAAGCGCCUCAAUCCCGAGUACCGGCGAAUGGAGCGCGAGCGCGAUCGAUUCCGCAAGAAGGCACGACGUGCUAACUUGACCCCCGAGGAGGAGCUGCGACUGAAGAUGAUCCAAAGGGAGCGGGAUCGGGAGAGGAAGCGCAUCAAGCGAAUGAAUCCGGAGUACAGGAGACUGGAGCAGGAACGUGAUAGGGACAGAAAGAAGGCGCGACGAGCCAACGAGGCCUUCAGGCAGCUGGAGAAGCUGAGGGAUAAGAUCCGAAAGGAUCGCAAAAAAGGUUUACUGGUCACGGAUCCCACGCAGUUGCCGCCGGAGUUCGCAGCCAUGAUACCGCCAGUGCCUGUGGUGAAGCCCGAGGUGGGUGUGCCACCAGCCCAACCGCAAAGUCAGCAGCAGGCCACGCCACUGCUGCAGCAGCAACAGCAGCAGCAGUUGCAGCAACAUCAGCAGGUGGCGCAGCAGCAGCAGCAGCAGCAUCAGCAACCUCCGCCCACGCACCUGCAGGAACAGCAGUUGAGUCACCAGCUGGCGCAUCAGCGGAACCGCAUGAUGUCCAGCCAACUCACCCAACUGGCCACGCCCCCCGCCCAUGCAUCGCACCUGCAGCAGCUGAACAAGUUGCAGCAACUCUACCCGCCACGGAGUUUCGGCCAUCCCGCCCUGCCAAUUGCCGGAGUGACGCUGAUGCCGCAGCUCUGCCACCCCAUCCUGCAUCAGAACCUCAGUGCCACUCUGUACGCGGGUCCACCGAAUGGCAUCAAGCAGGAGUACGGUCAGGAUAUCUCCGCCUCGGCAAUGGCGGCAGCUCAGGCGGCGGCAUUGGCAUCGCUGAGAAAUCCCCAGCAUCAGCAAGAUGACGCCGAAAUGGUCAUAAACCUCGAGCCGGAAAUCGUACUCCAAACCGGACCCGAUGUGAAUCCCGCCCAGCCCCCGCCGCAGCAGCAGCAUCAUUUUAGCGCCCACCAGCAGCAACAGCAACAGCAGCAGCAACAUCAUCUCCAGCAGCAGCAGCAGCAGCAGCAUUGCAACAUGUUCCAGCAUAUGGCUCCCCAGGCGCACAUGCAACACAUGCGAUCCCUGCCACCUCCGCCGCCGCCCGCUUCGCUGACCUUGCCACCGCUGCCGCCCCCGCCACCUGCAACGCACCAGCAGCAACAGCAACCAGCGCCGCCGCAGCAAUUGCAACACGCUCCGCAGUGAGAUAUUCUCGCCAGUAGUCCUAAGCUCAACUCUCUAGCCAGCUAAACGCAUCCGAAAGUUUGAGGGCACACACGCCUGGAGUUGUGAUCUAAAAAGUUUCAUAUGUGAUUUUAAAAUCCCUAAUAGCUCGAGCACAAAAAGAUUGGUGAAUUCACAGUUUUCAAAGUAUUCAUGAUUAGAAGUGUAUGUUUGUUAAAAAUAUUUUAGAAAACAUUUCUCUUUUUUUUUAGAGCAUUAUGUACUUUUUAAAGUUUUCCUUGUAAUUUUUUUAAACUUCACUAUAUUAAUAAUAUAAUAUUAUUAAUUCACUUCUAUCUCAGCUCAAAUUUAAGAGAUCUGUACAUAAAAUUCUUUAAAAUUUAAAUGAAUGUGUUCAAAAGAACUGAUUCCCCUGAUGCCCAAUAUAAUUUAAAUCACAAUUAAACAUUAACCAAUUCACAGUCUUUAAAAUUUCAUGAUUAAAAGAAUAUGUUUGUUAAAAAUAUUUUCAAAAACAUUUAUCUUUUUUUUUUGAGAGCAAUAUAUUCUGUUCAAAGUUUUCCUUGUUAUUUUUAAAAUUUUUUUUAUAUUAUUAAUUUAUUUUCUCAUCUCAAAUUUAAGAGAUCUGUACAUAAAAUAUUAUUUCAUUACAUAGAAUUCUUAAAAUUUUGAAUGAACGUGUUCAAAAGAACUGAUUCCCGAUAUUCUCGAUAUCAUUCAAAUCACAAUUUACCAUUUUUCUACCAAUAACCAUCGAGUAGUAUCAGCCUCAAGAAACAACUUAAUUUUUGAAUGAAACACACGUUGUGAUAAAAUGCACCUUAAGCUUAAAUGAUCAUUGAAGGUGGGAAAACUUAUGCUGAUCGUUCUUUUCUUUAAUCUCUAUAAUAUAAAAUAUUUUGUUAUAUGAAAAUCCUGUUAACCUUAAGUUGUACAAGUUCGUAUUGAUUGCAAUCAAUCGCAUAAAGCUUUCCCAACUAUCCUGUGGUAGUCACAACUCCCUAGGAUGUGUGCCAGUAUCUCAUACGCACACACUCGCACUGAAACACACCCAUGUUCAUUUUUAUGUAUGUAAGUAGACGCCAUUUGAAAAAUGCCGAUACGUAUUAUGUUGCGUUACGCAAUCCGGAUUACAUUAGUUUAGUGGGCUUCCCCGUCAUAAUUUGUUUAUGUCGUUUAAAUCAUCGUUUAAAGCAUUUCUCUGUUUUUUAGGUCUGUACGUAUUUUGUUUAGUCGCUAAGUGAUAAUACAAUAUUUUCAAGUUUAGGAUGAUACGAUCUACAAUACGAUAAAACGAUAACUGUAUACCUAUAUGAUAUAAUGAUAUAGUAUGGCCAGCCGCGAAAUAAUUAUUACGAAUUUAUGCGCAAAACAAACGAGCGAAAUAUAAGCAGCAAACGAAAAUUGCUAAAUGUGAAA